CGUCAGAAAAUGGCAAUCAACUUAAUGGCAGCUUGCAAGAAUAUGAAGAAGUCUCGGUUGUGCUCACUCAAGUACUGUCGAAAUUGCUUGCAUAAUAGGUACGGCGAGAAUUAUAUAAGAGUGGGGCUGCAAGAUGCCUGGAGCUGUCCAAAAUGCAGGGGAGAAUGCAAUUGCAGUGUAUGCAUGACCAACAAUGGAGAGAAGCCGACCGGGAAUUUAACCCGAGCUGCCAAGGCGUCGGGGUGCUCCUCCGUCCAUGAGUUUCUAAACAAGGGGACGUACGUGGUGGCUGCACCACAGAAUUUGGUAACCCCUCUCAAGAGUGCAGACGCUGCUAAAUUUGGGGCUAGUGCAGGUGCAUUAAAUCUAUUGGGCCAUACCAAACAUAUUUUUAAUCGCCUACCAGAUUUAAAUUUACCUCUUGGUCCCUCGGAGGUUGGUUUUCAAGCCUUACAGGCCCAUAUCAACGCUGAUCUGAAUGUGAAGAAAGAGCAAGAUAUUUUGAAUAUUGAUCUCAACAUGACAGUACAGAAUUUGUUUGUGAAUUAUGCACCCAAUGCUGAUGAAAGCGAGCUUGUAGAUGAGAGUAUUGAAAUCGUAAAUGAAGGAGAACGUAAAAUCCAAUCUCUUGCUUUGGCACCUAUCCAGGAGAACAAGGUUCUGUCACUCAAUGAUCCGAUUCAACCUGACAAGCUGGACACUCAGCCUAAUAUCACUAAUGGUCCUUCAAAGAAUGUUGUUGUGGGCACUAGGGAGGACUCUUCUAACCCCAUGCUGGAGAUGGUCCCCUUGGUUUCUGUAUAAAAGGUAAACAUUUGGUCAACCAAUAUAUUUAAUUUAAUUUAGAUUCUAACUCGGGUCAUGCUUUCAUAGACAUUUAUGUGGUUGGAAGUGAAGGAAUCCUCAUUUCCGAAGCUCGUUUUUCUCCUGGGGUUGAUAGCUCUAAGGUGGUUCAGGUACCUUUAGAUUGGGCUAAUUUCAUCUCCAAUGCUUUUUUAACUCUAGAAAUUUUUGACUAGGUCACGAAGUUCAUGUCCUCUCAAAUGUAGGGAAUUAUUCAACAAGGCCUUGAAAGUUAGUAGUUCCUAUCUUUUUUUGUUCCUGACUCUCGUCAAUCCUCACAGGCUCCCACACCCAAGAUGCAGCUACCUAAUGUGGAAAAAGAUGAUGUUGAUAUUACUUUUUCCACCCAUCAAAACAAACCUACUAUCCUUCUAACACCAGGAGAAACACCAGAGCAGAUCUCCACCACAAGUGAAAUGCGCGUGAAAGGAAAAAGGAAGAAGAGAGCUCCUCUUGUGGAUCUUAUUGCAUCCGAGGUGAAACCAAAGGAAAAAAAUGAGGACAUUCUCAACAAGAAGCCUAAUAGGAGGGUGGGUAAAGUAGCCACCAUGAAGGGUGAACCACUGCUGCACAAUGAACCUAAAUCAGUAGAGCUUUAGUAUUGUUGUAAUAAAUCUUAGUUUGUGCCAUGAUCUCUUCAAUGAUUGUCUCAAACUGUUUGGAUGAUGGAUGUAAUAGAAUUAAGUAUACCUUCCAUAAUUAUUGAUGGGUUUCACAUGUUUGAUAAUCAUUUGCAUUGGAAAAACUAUUUAAAUGGAUAUAAUUUGGAAAGUUUUGCA